AUGCCAUGGCAGCGCCGAAACGUCCCCACCGCCCUCCGCAAGGGGACACGAGCCUGGAGCUGUGCAACGUCGGGCGGGUCGCGCGCCGGGCGUGUGGCAGUGCAGGUGAGAGAGGUGACGCCGGUGACGAAGCCCCAGUGCCGACCGGCGAAAGGCAGCCCGGUGGAGCUGAACCUGUCCUUGACUGCUCUCAGAGAUGCUGGCGACAUCGACUCUGUACUGAACUUGUUGCAAUGUCGACUCCUGCCCGAUCGAGUAAGCUACAAUAUCACUCUCAGUGCCCUGGAGCGUUCCGCACGUUGGCAAACGGCCAUCAGAAUCUUUGAGCGAAUGCAGGGAGGGUCUUCUCCCAAUUUGAUAUCUUUCAACACCUUGCUUAGCUCCCUUGCUCGCGGCAGGAAGUGGCAGGCCGUAUUAAAUCUUCUCUUCGACGGUGCACCCGUGUGCCUUCGGAGGGCACGGAUAAGUCCUGAUGCCAUCAGCGUCGGUACCGCCAUCGCUGCCUGCGCGCGUGCAAUCCGCUGGCAAGUGGCAUUGACCCUGCUGUGCCAGCUAGGCAGAUUUCAGGAGAAAAUCACAAUGAACGCUCGCCGGGCGGCCGUUACAUCUGCUCUGUGGGCAUGUGGAGCUGCCUCUCGUUGGCUGCAGGGGCUGCACCUGCUGCAUCCGACAAUCCGACAUUUAAAAGCGGAUGCUUCCUUGAUGGGAGCCGCAGUCAGCGCCUGUGCUUUUGGCCAAGCCUGGGAGCUUGCAAUCGCUUUCCUGGCGGUGGCUGAGCAUCGGAGCCUAAGCAACGUUGCAGUGCGCCGCUCGGCUAUUGCUGCCUGCGAGCUGGAGAACUGGCCAACAGCACUGCUGCUGCUGGAGUUCGUGCAGAUUUCUGGUCCUGACCCGGCAGGCGUCAGCUCAGCGAUCUCAGCUGCGGCAAAGGCUGCCAGGUGGGAGCUCGCGCUCUUCCUGGUGCAGGCGCCGUUACUCCCCUCCCCGGGCCUGCAUGCUGCAGUUCAGGCUUUGGCACAAGCUGCAAAGUGGGUAGAGAGCUUGGAGCUGGUCCGAGAAAUGCGGAGAGAUCCCGGCAGCCUUUCGUUGACAGCUGCCACAGUCACGGUGGCCCAGCUCCGCUCCCUCUUCUCGCGGCUGGUGCGACGACUUCGCAGCGCAGCUUUUCGGAACUGGCAUGUGGCAAGAGGCACUGCUGCCCAGGAUGAACACUUGGGGAAUCUGAUGGAUGCGAUGGACCUUGCAUCAUUCCACGGUGCCUCCGAGACUCCAACUUUGCUCGCUUACAGCUGCCUGCUGGCCCUGCAGAGCACCGAACCCUUGGAAGUCAGCCAGUUACGCCCCGGUCCUUGCCUCUUGCGCUCCACCAUUGAUCUUAAUUUGAACUUUCCCGGCGAGCGCUCUGUUUUCGCUCGUUCCGCUCGUCGCGAAGUCAUCGAGGUAUUUGCCAGCACUGGUCGCACUGGUGUCUUGCCGGAAGAUGCGUCCGCCAGUUCCCUGCUCGUUUGGCUGGCGUUCGAGAUCAGUAUCUCCUCGGAACCUGCCGGACCAGGACAAAACAACCACGUUUUGCCUCGAAGUAACUCUAGUAUCGGACGCAUCUCAUGA